CCUCCGGGAGGUUGAAUGAAGACGCUACCAUCAUUUGUGUCUCAGCAGUGGCCAGCAGCCUUCCAGACACAAGCCCAUGGCUUUCACUUCAGUGUCAACGGGACUAAGAGGGCAUCUUCUAAAGUUUCAGAUUCAAUUUCAACACAGUACCCUGUAGUGGAUCAUGAAUUUGAUGCAGUUGUGGUGGGUGCUGGAGGGGCAGGCUUGCGAGCUGCAUUUGGCCUUUCUGAGGCAGGGUUUAAUACCGCAUGCCUUACAAAGCUCUUUCCUACUCGGUCACACACUGUUGCAGCACAGGGAGGAAUCAAUGCUGCUCUGGGGAAUAUGGAAGAGGACAACUGGAGAUGGCACUUCUAUGACACUGUGAAGGGCUCUGACUGGCUGGGGGACCAGGAUGCUAUCCACUACAUGACAGAGCAGGCCCCUGCCUCUGUGAUUGAGCUAGAAAAUUAUGGCAUGCCAUUUAGCAGAACUGAAGAUGGGAGGAUUUACCAGCGUGCGUUUGGUGGGCAGAGCCUCAAGUUUGGGAAGGGCGGACAGGCCCACCGGUGCUGCUGUGUGGCUGAUCGGACUGGCCACUCACUCCUGCACACCUUGUAUGGAAGGUCUCUGCGAUAUGAUACCAGCUAUUUUGUAGAGUAUUUUGCCUUGGAUCUCUUGAUGGAAGAUGGGGAAUGCCGUGGUGUGAUUGCACUGUGCAUAGAAGAUGGGUCCAUACAUCGCCUAAGAGCAAAGAACACUGUUGUUGCUACUGGAGGCUAUGGGCGGACCUACUUCAGCUGCACCUCUGCCCACACCAGCACUGGUGAUGGCACAGCCAUGAUUACCAGAGCUGGCCUUCCCUGCCAGGACUUAGAGUUUGUGCAGUUCCAUCCCACAGGCAUAUAUGGUGCUGGCUGUCUCAUCACAGAAGGAUGUCGUGGAGAAGGAGGCAUUCUCAUUAACAGUGAGGGUGAGAGGUUCAUGGAGAGAUACGCGCCUGUCGCAAAGGACCUGGCAUCCCGAGACAUCGUAUCUCGAUCUAUGACUCUGGAGAUCCGUGAAGGAAGAGGCUGUGGCCCUGAGAAAGAUCAUGUCUACCUGCAGCUACACCAUCUGCCCCCUGAGCAGCUGGCCACACGCUUGCCUGGCAUGUCAGAGACAGCCAUGAUCUUUGCUGGUGUGGACGUCACCAAGGAGCCAAUCCCAGUCCUCCCCACUGUGCAUUACAAUAUGGGUGGGAUUCCCACCAACUAUAAGGGGCAGGUGCUGAAGCAUGUGAAUGGCCAGGAUCAGGUUGUGCCUGGCCUCUAUGCCUGUGGGGAGGCCGCCUGUGCCUCAGUGCAUGGUGCCAACAGGCUUGGGGCAAACUCCCUUCUGGACCUGGUAGUCUUUGGACGGGCCUGUGCCCUGAGCAUCGCAGAGUCUUGCAGGCCAGGAGAUAAAGUCCCUCCAAUUAAACCAAAUGCUGGGGAAGAGUCUGUCAUGAAUCUUGACAAGUUGAGAUUUGCUGAUGGAAGCAUAAGAACAUCAGAACUGCGUCUCAAUAUGCAAAAGACAAUGCAGAAUCAUGCUGCAGUGUUCCGUGUGGAAAGCGUGCUACAAGAAGGCUGUGAGAAAAUCAGCCACCUCUAUGGAGACCUGAAGCAUCUGAAGACAUUUGACAGAGGAAUGGUCUGGAACACAGACUUGGUGGAGACCCUGGAGCUGCAGAACCUGAUGCUCUGUGCACUGCAGACCAUCUAUGGAGCAGAGGCGCGGAAGGAGUCACGAGGUGCCCACGCCAGGGAAGAUUAUAAGGUGCGGAUUGAUGAGUACGAUUACUCCAAGCCCAUCCAGGGACAGCAGAAGAGGCCAUUUGGGGAGCACUGGAGGAAACACACCCUCUCCUAUGUGGACAUCAUAACUGGGAAGGUCACCCUGGAAUACAGGCCUGUCAUUGACAAGACCUUAAAUGAGACUGAUUGUGCCACGGUUCCCCCUGCCAUUCGCUCCUACUGAUGAAACCCAGCAUUUGCAGAAUCAGCUUCUGUAAUUUUGUAUUAUGCCUUGUAUAAGUUUUCCUCCUACCUGCCUCAGUAAAUUCCUUACUCUCCUAAAUAAUGCAUUUUCUUCUGAUAUUGUAGACCCAGUGGCUAACAACUUGCCAUAGUCAGGCAACGGAUAGCCAGGUCUGCGUUUGUCCCUUGCUUUAUUCUGUGGAGUAUAAUAUUGGGCACAAUUCCUAAAUAAAACAGAAACAAAAAAAAA